GAAGUAAGAAGGAAGCGUUUUCAAUACUUAACCUGCGAAAGUUGACCACAUAAGUUAACUGAUGGCUGUCUGUGAAACACAAACAGGUGAUUGGCGUGAUGAUAAAACUUUGGCAGAAUGCAUGAGGCACAUGCUGAAGAACGAGAUAAUGUGUGACGUCACACUGAGGGUAGGGGAAAGACGAUCACCAAUCAAAGCACACAAAUACAUGUUAGCUAGCCGGAGUCCAGUAUUCUACACUAUGUUUGAGGGUUCUAUGCCGGAGACAGGAGAGAUAGAUAUUCCGGAUAUUGAGGAAAACACCUUUAACGUUAUUUUAGUGUACAUAUACACUGACAAAAUAGAGGUGAGUAGUUCAAACUUGACUGAAUUGUUGUAUGCGUCUGACAAGUACAUGUUAACAAAGUUAAAGCGAGAAUGUGAAAAGACCUUAAAGAGGACAGCCACGUCACACCAUGCAGCUAGGGCAUUACAAACUGCAUACAAGUAUCAUCUGCCUGAUCUUCUACAAGAAAGUCUUCAACACAUGAAAUUGAAUACAAAAGAAUGUCUCCUCUCAGAACACGCGUUAAGCCUCCCGAAAGAAUGUAUAGAUAUGAUUUUAAAAUCAGAUUAUCUAUACUGCACUGAAACUGAUAUAUGUCAGUUUCUCCUAAAGUGGGUCAAGUAUCAGUGUGAUUUACAGAAGAUUGAAUUAACCGGCCAAAACAUGCGAAAUAUUGUGGGACAGACUUUAUUUAAGAUACGGUUUCCAGUUGUGGACAUGGAUUUCUUUUCGAAAGAGGUAGCAAAUACAGAACUUUUAUUACGUGAUGAGAUAAUAGCCAUUUAUCGUUCCCAGUAUGGAAUUAAAACUUCAAUUUUUUCUAAUAGCUUACGAAAAGUACCUAUCGAAAAAAGACAGGUACAUACUGUAAAGAGGUAUACUAGAUACUCACAGUUCCGUUGUAAUAAUGAAGGUACAGAAGCUUUAAUCUUCCAAGCUGAUACAGAGAUCUGGCUUAAAGGAGUAACUCUGUUUUUUCCACCUGGCAGUUGUACUAGGGAAAUAACUUUUAACAUAUUAGAUGAUAUCACUGAGGAAAUUUAUGCUCAUAAAGAACAUGUAUAUGGUGAUUACGGUGGUACAGAACGCCUUUUUAUGUUUCCAAAACCUGUUCAUGUUUUGGCCAGAAAAGAAUACACCAUAACUACACGAAAUUAUACGGAUCAUAUGAGGUAUGGUACAGGUUGUAAUCAUUCAAUUAAAGUAUCAGAUUGUGCCGCUUCAAUUACAUUCAAGAAUUCACCAAUGUGUACAGGUUUAUCAAAUAUAGACCAAGGACAAUUUGCUGGUUUUAUGUUUUGUGUAUAGACAAGCAUAUUAGUUAAUAUUAAUACAGGCGGAAAUUAUAAAUCAAUAUAAUUUUGAAAAGUUAUGUUUGGGUUGUUUUAUUCACUUGAAAUCUUGAUCUAAUCUGUAUUGAGACCGAUGGUAACAGAUGUCAUCUAUGCUGUGGUCAAUGAUCAAAACAGAUUUACAGUGAACAUUGUCAUUAAAUUUAAAUAGCACUUUAUACGUCUACAUCUUUUUUGUAGUUUUGCCUUUAUCAUAAACGCUCAACCUAAAGCAAAUUGAAA